UCUCCACGGGUCGAGCUCAGACCGAUGUCCCGGUGCACGAAGAACCGUGUGGGGCCGAAUCGCUAGAGGAGAGAGAGUCCCGCUGCAGCUCGUUCAUCUGCGGGUGUGCUCGUGUUGUUUCCACCGAUGGUUGUCAGUGUCUCACCGGGGCCGGAUCUGACAGUAGCACGCGACAGUAGCGGGUCAAAUGUCUCCUCCCAGACAGCGGAGGAGCUCAUCAUGAACAUGGGCAUCACCCCUUCAGAGAAACCCUCCUGCUCCUCCUGCUCCUCCUCCUCCUGCUCCUCCUGCUCCUGCUCCUGCUGACUGCCUGGCCUCUCUCCGUUAAUCCAAUUCAGGAGAUCAUCUUCUCAACCCUCGCUGAGGUUACACCAUCAAGACGGCGUUAUCUCAGAAAGCCAGCUCGGUGGCGGUGAAGAUGACCACGGCACGGUACCGUCCCACCUGGGAGCUGGCCGUGGACCCCCUGGUCUCGUGUAAGCUGUGCCUUGGAGAGUUCCCUCUGGAGCAGAUGACCACCAUCACACAGUGCCAAUGUGUCUUCUGUACACUGUGCCUGAAGCAGUAUGUGGAGCUCCUGAUUAAAGAAGGCCUUGAAACUGCAAUUAGCUGCCCAGACUCUGCCUGUCCCAAAAGAGGACACUUGCAGGAAAAUGAGAUUGAGUGCAUGGUGGCCACGGAGAUGAUGCAGAGAUACAAGAAGCUUCAGUUCGAAAGAGAGGUGCUGCUGGACCCGUGCCGGACGUGGUGCCCCUCCUCCACCUGCCAGGCCGUUUGCCAACUAAAGGAAUCGGACUCUCCGGCGCUGCCUCAGCUGGUCCAGUGCGCCGUCUGUGCACUGGAGUUCUGCUCAGCCUGCAAAGCCAACUGGCACCCGGGUCAGGCCUGCCAGGAGAGCAACCUGCCAAUUACCUCUUUCCUACCAGGAGAAAACAGCUCUUUCUAUAAGAACGAAGAGGACGACGCCCCAAUCAAGCGCUGUCCUAAAUGUAAAGUUUACAUCGAGAGGGACGAGGGCUGCGCACAGAUGAUGUGCAAGAACUGCAAACACGCCUUCUGCUGGUACUGUCUGGAGUCACUGGACGAUGACUUCCUCCUGAUCCACUAUGACAAAGGGCCCUGCCGGAACAAACUGGGCCACUCCAGGGCGUCUGUUAUCUGGCACAGAACACAGGUCGUGGGGAUCUUCGCUGGCUUCGGCCUCCUCCUGCUGGUGGCCUCCCCCUUCCUCCUGCUCGCCACUCCCAUCGUGCUCUGCUGCAAGUGCAAGUGCAGCAAAGGGGACGACGACCCUCUGCCGACCUAAGCACGCAACAAGAGCCGGAGUGGAGAGCCAUUCCAAGGAUGGGCCAUCUUCUUUUUCUUUUCUUUUUGCCUCCUUUUCACCACUUUACAUUAUUUUCCUCCCACCAAGCUUCGAGCGGGGGGGGGGGCUAGCUUCGGGAUCCAUCGCUCUGCAUGAAGAGAGGCGUGGUAGAAGAGCAGCGCUGCACCUCGGCCUGUAGAGACGAGCAGGGGUCAAAGGUCAGACGUGGUCCGAGACGGUGGUGGGGUUUUUGGGGAUGUGAAGAAACACUGAGCCGCAUCAAGGGGCCUCACUGGGGGUUACUGUGGUGUGCUAUGUUUGUGGGUGAGGACAAAGGGGGGAUGGGGGGGGGGGAUCAAUGUAAAGAUCAAAUGCUUUUCUCUUGUAUGGACAGAUUCAUGCAGGAGCAGGAAAAAAGACAUUCGCUCUGCUUUCGUCGGUUUGUCGUACGCAAAACAAAAAGCUUUUUUUAAAUCCACCGCCGCCGCCGCCGCCACUACACCCGAUGUAGCUCUGCAGAUCCAGUCAGUAGCAUCAGAGUCGCACCACGCAUGUCUGGUGUCCACUCGAUUUGCACACGGAACACCAUCCAUUCGUCAUGCUCGCGACUGAGGUGGAGAGACGGGGAGACUGAUGUCCCUCGACUCAAUGUACAGCACGUCCUCCUGAUGAUGUCAAUGUUUUAUAACCUGUCGCUUUUAAUAGACCUGUGCUCAGAGUAGUGUCUGUGUUGUACUUUUUGAGUGUUUUACAAAACUGUUAGGUACACACGUUAAAGGGGAUUUCCACUCAAGUGACGACAAGUAGUUUCGUUGAAUAUCCGCUUACGCACAAACGUUCUUUCACCGCUCUUCUCCUGAUUCAUUCUCCAGAUGUCGGAGGUCAUCUUUGUAAACUAGAGAUUACAAUUCCAGAUUUUCAUGAUCCCGAAUCCAGACAUUUUUCCAAAACCGAGUGGGGAUCCCCUUUUACGUUUCUGCGUUAAGUUAAUCAGAGGUCAGAUUUUGUAUCCACACGUCGUGGAGCCAUUUUAAUAAGUCACUUAAAAAGAGAUGUCACUCCUGUAAUUCUCAGUCUCCAGGUGGUAGAGUAGCCAAAUAGAAAUAAAUAGCCUUAAAUUGAGACGAGCCAAAAUCUGGCAUUUCCCCCCUGUGCUUUAAAAAAAAAAAGUCAAAAUCCAAAUAUUCCCAGGGAAAAGCAUGUUUUAAAGGCAUUUUUAAAGCAUAGGAGACAGUGAAGCCCUUUAUAUCCAGAUGAUUCUAUGAUGUCACCCAUAUGCCACACUGUUUAUAGCCAUACUGUAAAAGACAAAAAAAAGGAAAGCCGUCACCUGAUGUUGUGUGUGUGUGUGUGUGUGAGAGACAAAAGGACCUGUAUUUCUUAAGUGAUCCACAUCCAUUCACCCAUUUGAUACUCAACGCCCGAUUGGACAUCCCUUUCUCUGCGACUUUACAAACACCGACCGGCCCAUUGUUGCAAACUUGCAUACGUUAGUGGUCCCGAGUGUCGACGUUUCGCCCGCCCCCCCCCCCCCCCCCAAUGUUCCACUUCUGGGCACGUGAUUAUUAAGCUGCUCUAUACUGUAUCACUUUAUCUAUGCAAGUUUGUACAUUACCAUUCUCGGAAAGGCUAUGGAUAGGUCACAAUCAGCCGUGCGCCAGUGGGAACGUUGGGUGGUGAGAGCGGCAGAAUGUCCCAGUGCACGUGGGUAUCAUGACGUUUAUUUAAUCAGGGAAAUGCUUAUUUGGCCAUUUUUUUUUAUUUUUGUUUGUUUUUCUGGGGAAGUUUAUUUUCAUGUUACGUGAGUAAAAUGGAAAAAUUACGACAUAUUUACGUUUUGAAGAGAUUUUAUUUGUUUUGUUUUGCUACCAUGCAAAGUUUUCUGCUUUUAUCCCUUCUUACGAAAUCUACCAGUGUCAGUAGCAUUUCAUGAGGAGUGUGGCUACACUUACCAAAAAAAAAGUCAAUAGUUAACAACCGUAGCUAAUCAUUGACGACUCAUUUCUGUUUUCAUAAGCUCAGUUCUGAUAUUCCACUUAUUAUUCCGUGUUGAUAGUAGCCUUAAAAAUUGUUUGCGUACCAUAACCGUAGCCUGUUGCUUUCACCGACCUCACCCAUCGAUAUCAAAGCCGAAACCUACAUUUGUACCUUUUAGUUCCUUAAAUGCUUAAAAAAAGUGAAAUUCCAGAUUUCCUUUUGUUGUUUUCAUGACAAUCGUGCCAAGCAGAUUUCCUGGACGGGCUGAAGGAAACAGAAGUGUCUACUGUAUGUGCAUUUUGAUCGUGUAUUUGUAUUAACAGUUUCUACAGAGGGGAGAAUAUUUUAAUGCUUUUUUUUUUUUCUGUAAGCGCUUCACUCUAUAUAUGGGUUUCAUUGUUUUCCUUUGUGUGUGUGUGUAUGUGUGAGUGUGUGAGUGCGUGUGUGUGGUGCCUGCUGUGAGUCUCUCAUCUGAAGUCAACUCAACAGAAAAGUCAACACACAUGAGGGCGAGAGAGCAUCGUCACCUUUUUAACAAUCUAUCAGGGCUCUGAUAUCACCAGGAUCAUUUCAAACACAAGUCAUCUAAACACAAGGAAAACAGCAUGGAAGUCUGGAGCGGGCACAAACUAACAAACUGUCAAACGAAACCACGGCCGCCUCCAUUUUCUUUCAACGCGACAUUCUUCACUGUAUCAGCUGUUGUAUGCAACUAAACAGAAAACAUCAGUCACGUUGCAGAAUAACGUUUGAUGUAAACAUUUAAAGUCGCGUAACAUCGGCUCGGUUGUAGAAGGGGACGGUUCCACUGAGUUGCAGGUUCCUGUCAUUUGACCCGUGAAGGGGAUGCAAGUGUUUAUUUUACAAAAAGCUUCAGAUCUACUUUGCAGUUAUUCUAAGAUCGAGUUUGUUUAUGAGCAGCAAUUGAAUAUUUUAUAACCUGUUGUGUCAAGAGAUGGCGCUGCAUGAGUUUUCUCUGACUUCUACAUGUUGAAUAUUAAUAUAUUGUAGCCGCGAAAAAGAUCUUUGGAAAUGGUAGCGUGUUCACCCUCUUGACCAGUUUUUUUUUUUUUUUAAAUUGGACAUGUGUCUGUUUCUUCCUUUUUUUUGUUGUUUCUUUUUUUAAUAUAUUUGCCUCUGUUACAUCAUAGUGGUUGUAUUUGCAUUAUCCUUUUUUUUAAAGAGCUUCUUCUGUCUCGACUGGUCAAUUCAAUUUCAAUCGCUCACUUCAGUGGAUGAUAUGCUGUGUGUGUGCAGGGCUUGUGUUUAUAGAGGUGGUGAACGAUGUCUCUCCUCCAGUCAGUGGAGGUGAAGUGACCCGGGUGAUGAACAACAUUGUAAAUUUGGCAUAUCUGAAUCAGCUCUGUACAAGUUUAGACUCGACAUCUCCGUAUAGCUACAGUUCCACUAACACUGUGACACCAGGUAUUAAAGGUUGUUGUUUUUGUGA